GUCUCCACUCCACUUCCAUGCGUUAGUCACUGUCACAAGUGUGAAGCGUCAGCCGGGCCCUGCUCCAGCAGCCUCCUCUGAGAGUGUGUGAGGACACGGCAGCCUGCGGAAGACUGAAGGACCGAUAACGCAGACGGACAUGGCGACAUCCAGCUCUUGUGUUGUGAUCAGCGACGAGGAGCAGGGGUACGACCUGGACCUUUUCUGUAUACCAAAGCACUACAGCUCUGACCUGGAGAGGGUCUACAUCCCACAUGGACUCAUUCAGGACAGGACAGAGAGACUGGCCCGGGAAAUUAUGAAUGAAAUGGGAGGCCAUCACAUCGUGGCCCUGUGUGUUCUGAAGGGAGGGUACAAGUUCUUUGCCGAUCUGCUGGAUUACAUCAAGGCCCUGAACAGGAACAGUGACCGCUCCAUCCCGAUGACCGUGGACUUCAUUCGCCUCAAGAGCUACUGUAACGACCAGUCAACAGGUGAAAUCAAAGUCAUCGGCGGCGACGACCUGUCUACAUUGACGGGCAAAAACGUCUUGAUUGUGGAGGAUAUUAUUGACACAGGGAAGACGAUGAAAACGUUGCUGGAGCUUCUCAAACAGUACAAUCCAAAAAUGGUUAAAGUAGCGAGUCUGCUGGUGAAGAGAACGCCCAGAAGUGUCGGCUACAGACCAGACUUCGUUGGAUUUGAGGUCCCUGACAAGUUUGUGGUUGGAUAUGCAUUAGACUACAACGAGUACUUCAGAGAUUUAAAUCAUAUCUGUGUCAUUAGUGACACAGGGAAGGAGAAGUACAAAGCAUGAAGAAUAGCUGUUGUUAACAUUAGAUGAACGAUUUAUAUAUAUAUACAUAUGUAUAUAUAUAAAUUCUUUUUUAGACUAAUUUUACAUUAUUAUCGCUAAAUACUUGUCAGAAAUUUCGCUCGGCCUGCUCAGGAUCCCUGAGGCACACCUUGAUUUGCGUUGCUUUAACUGUCGUAUCAUUAUCCACACAACAGGGUAAAACCAUUUGCUUUUCACUGAACUGCAACUGUGUUAAACAGCAAUGGAGCCCAGCUUUGACUGACACACAAAAAAAAAUAGUUUUCUUGCCUUCACACUGUUAUUGUUUUAGUGACUUAAAUGUUUGAAGCAAUGCUGCUAACGUGAGAACAAUAUCACAACUGUUGUGGCUCAGUAAGAUGUUCUACAAUUCUACAACCUCAUGUUUUUGAUGUGUUCCUUUUGUCCUCAUUUACCUUUUUUUUAAAGUAGGUAAUCAUUAUGAGGACUCGCAAGUACUAUGUUGCAUUCUUCUUAUGUCUCUAUGUAUAUUUUGGGACAAAAAUCUUUUUUUAAGUGACUGUAUUGUGGUUGCAAAGUAAAUGGAAAAAGAAAAAUCUCUGCUUUUCCUAGAUAAAUACGGUGAUGUACUGAACACAAAAUAUCACUGUUCAAAGUAUCCCUGUUUACCCAUCUUUUAUUUGCGCUGUAAGAAUAGAGUUCUUUAUGCUGGAAAACAUGUAUAUAAUUGAAAAAAAAAAAGAAAUUAUCAAAAUGAUAAUAGCCUUUUGUUAGAAGGCUUUUGCUUGUGUUUAAAAUAUUUAAUUUGUUUCUACUUGUCUUUUAAUCAUUUAUUAUUUAAUUAAACCUUAAUUGAACCUCUCACGUCACAUAUGCCAUAUGAACGCGUUUCCACUGUGGAAAGCCAAUGUAAACAAUAUUGUCCAAACUGUUUUGGUUUUUUUUUAAGUGUUGACCACUGCUGUGACCUGAGACGUUAACAAAGGCAAAUGUACAUUUGGUUUUUAAACUGUAAAUAACAUUACAAUUUUCUGUGCCAACAAUUUGUUUCAACAUUUCUCGGCAAUCUGGUACUGACUCUACACACCUCAUCACGACAGUGAGUGAGGGACAAGGUGCAUGUUAACUACAUCAACACAACGCACUGGGGGUGGGGGGGGCGAGAGUUGAAGGUGUGAGCGAUUGAAUAUCUGCAAUAAAUAUUAUCUCUUAAACUA